AUACAGCUGGAACAGACUGCCCUCAAAGACGAAAUUGAACAUCUGGGUAAGGGAUAUCCCGAGUCCUCUCGCUGCAACGCCCAAGCAACAACGCCCGCCAUCGCACUUCCAUCAGGUAAUAACACGGGCAGCACUGGUGUGUACAUGUACGUAGAUUUAUCACUCUAUUGCCACCACCAGCCACUACUACAGGCGACGAGACUAAGAAUAAAAAGCCGGCAACCAUCGAAUCUUGUGACUAUUGGUUCGACGCUUGCUCAGUAUCGUAGCAUUAUCCAAAAGGCUAACAGGAAAUUUAGCUGGAAGGCAGUCUACGAUCUUGACGUUCAAUUUCGAAUGAGUCUGUCGGGCACAACUAAACAGCUGGACCAAAUUGAUUCCACAAUAUACACCACUAUCCUCGAUUCCUCUGCAGUUCGUGCAGAGGGCAACUCCUGCCAACGUUGUAAGUCUGACCAUCAUCUGGUACGAGAUUGUUCCUUUCGUACGAAACAAACGCUGGAGGAAAGAAAAGCGUCGUCGAAAGCGAGCACGUACGUCAGCAACGUCUCAAUGGAAAUUCGCAAACGAGCCCAUGUUUUCAAGGCUUGUCGGGGGGACCACGCAAUGGCCGAUUGCAAACUCACUUCCAGUUCUUAA